CAGAAUUAAAAACAAGAAAUGGAUUCAAAUUCUGAAGUUGUGCCGCAGACUGAAGUUGUAGUGACGGAUUUGGCUGCCGAAGAGUACGACGAACUACUCGAAACAUCUGUAGAACCUAGCCAAAGUGUUAAUAAUUCAAUUGAUGAAAGUGUUCUCGUUAUUGCGAAAGAAUCGGAUCAAGACGUUAUGCUAUCGGACGAAACACCCACGACUACUAUAGCUAUAGUAGAUUCGAUUGUGGUAACGGAUACGGAAACUCCUGUUUCGGAAACAGCGGUUACGGAAAACCCGGUAACGGGAAAACUGGCAGCGGAAAAACCGGCAACGGUAAAGCCAACUAUAGAGGUGGUGGAAACAGAGGUUGAAAAUUUAACUACUGCUGAAAUAGAUGCAAGCAGUGUGGCAAAUCCUCAAGAUGUUCCUAUAGACAAAACAUCCAAUAAUGCCGGGAAAUCGAAAAUGGAAGCAGAACCUCAAGUUUCUGCCAAAUCGCAAGUAAACGAAGUAGAAGAAGCUAAAUAUGAGGAAGAAACGGAGUCAGAAGAUGGGACAGAAUCUGUGACAGAAGAAGAUAUCGUCGAAACUGCUAUCGAUUUUCCGGAGAAAUCUGAAGUACCGUCUGAAGUAAUUGAAAGCCAAACUAAAAAGGGCACUGAUUCAAAGGAAAAAUUGAAUGAAUCGUCUGAUCCAUCGCCUCAGACAGCUAACGAAGUUGCAGAUGUGAGAUUAUUAAAAGAUCAAAAAAACUUUAACAAUCAAAUUCAGGACAUUAUAUCUGAUAUAGAUAUCAAUAUAAAAACUCAAGAGAAAAUUACCCAGCUUAAGGAGCAAGAGCUGAAGCUAAUUCAGAAACAGAACGAAUUGACUAACCAAAUUCAGCAGCAGCAAAUUUUGGCUCAACAGCUGACUGCCCAAAAUCAACUUAAGCAAAAACAGUGGGAACAACAGCAAGUUGAGAAACAAGAGUUCUUGAGUUCACAAAGAAACCAGCGAGAUGGACUUUCCUCAACGCAAUCUCAAGGUGAUGAUUUACAUAAUACAAAAGAAACAACGAAUUUAUCGAAGUCAGUUGAUUUGCGAAAAAUAUUCACACCUGCGACCGAUGCUAUUGAGAUAUUGCCAAAAAAUCGAAAGCUAUAUGCAUCAUCCGCAUUUUAUUCUCCAAACCUACAUCCUACUGUGGAAGACCAGGUUGAGCUAGCACGAAGAAUAUCCCAUUCGUUGAGUGAUAUCAGUAACCAAACGUCUAAGGGUCAAACAAUGUAUGUCAAUCGCAAGAAACGCUCUGUAAAAUGGGUUCAUGAAGGUAGUGAUAAAGAGGAUGAUUGCACAGGUGAAGCUAAGACGUUAUACAAAGAAAAUACAGAUGCAAAUUCCUGGCUGGAACUAACAAAGCUGGAAAAAAUUCCUCUAAAGCUCAUAAUGAAUCCAAGAGGACAAGUUCGCGAUUAUAACUCACUCAAAGAAUCGAUUAAUGUUGAAACUGGACUGUUAUCGCCUGACAAUUGCGCUGAACUAAUAACCGCACUAAAACUUAAUCAGGGACGAGGUGCUGAACUGUUUGCAAAACGUCGUCGAAAGGCUGAUAAUUGGGUAGUCGAUGAAACAAAUGCAGGAACUCAAAAUCAUCCAUCUGGUAUUCCAGAUUAUCAGCAGUAUCAGUCCAAGCCGGCAACCUCGCCAAACAUUUUGCCGGCGUAUUCUGAUGCGGGAAAACAUCGCGUUCAAUUAAAUAUUCACCAAGAUCAAUUGAUAGAAAAGUAUUCUAAGCCUGGACUGCAGGUUGUUAAAUCACCUUGGGAGGCCGCAUUACAGACAGGUUCAGCGAGCUCUGCCUUUUUGGAGGAAUCCAAACCUAAAAGUCUCACGCCUUCGUUCGUACCAAAACCAUAUUUCCAUAGUGGUGGAAGCGAUUUUAUAGAUGCAGCUGAACCAGUAUCUUAUGAAAUACCAUUGAUAGAUAAGCAGGAAUCAUAUAACAAGCAGUCCAUUAACCAACAUGUGAAACAGCAAUCAUCCAUUUUGCCCACGAACCCACAAAGAGAAUUGGCUUAUAAACCAAGUGUUGCCCAGGGCUGGGGCGGCCGAAAUGUGGAACUACCAAGAGAGUAUUUUGAAUUCAAUGAACCGUUAUCAUCUUGGGAGGGCAAUGAUCAAUACAAAAACGAAUACGAAUACGUCAGUCAAGAGCAUGACAUUUUUAGGGACAAUGUUCAAAUGUGCCAUGGGCAAAGGCCGCCCAUUGAUUUCGCUGUUGAUGUGCAAGCCCGAUUGCAUCAACUCGAAAAAUUUCAAAAAUAUUUUUUGGAACAGCAACGGCUUGAAAUAGAAAUAUUGAAGCGAAGCGACGACUCUCGUUUAUUCCGUUUAACCAAAUUAAAUCGGGAACAGCUCAAGCAUGAGAGUCCCAAUGGCGUAAGCCUGAAUAAUGAAGAUGUAGUACAAGCAGGUCCCAGUACCGAUGAUGAUGAAAUAAACGAAAACUUAAAUGUGCGAGAUCUUAUAUACUCGUUCGAACAGCAGUCCUUAGGUGAAUACAAAGUAUCUGUAAAGCCCAGAAGUCAAAAUGGUUCUACAUAUCUAUCAAAUGAAACGACCGAUGCUGACAAUGAAAAUGGAGGCUUAUACGUUCCUAAGGAAAUCUCCCUAGCAAGCUAUGCACCACCACCGAAGAACUUUACAGAUAAGCAGCCUGCAUAUCCGGGUCAUAAUAUUUCAAAUAUAAACACAUCCCACGAGUAUUCCCAUCAGCCUCUGCCAAAAGUAAAUCAUAGUUUAAAUGAAACAUCGAUGGGAACCAGUUGGGGCUUUCCGGUGUCUAAGCCCAUAGCUACUGGUUUUAGCACCAUACCUCCAAAGCAACAGUUGUCUACUCCUGCUAGCUACCAGAAAAUACCUCAGACCUCUGCGCAAGGAGCGCCGCCGGUCAACUUUAACCCAUCGCCGUUAUCAUAUGAGAAAUUGUCCAAGUUUGAACAGUCAAAUUUAAGUUACCCUAAUCAAAAUCAAAAUUACCUAAAUGCUCGGCAAUCAUCCCAAGUACGUAAUGCUUCGCCUACACCGUUUGGAUCCAAUCAUGCCCGAUUUUCCGUGGAACAUGCUUCAAGAUCUCCUAGUUCAAUAGCCUCGAUAUCACCGCAACCUCUUCGAUCACCCUGUAUAUCUACAAGAUAUGGACAACCAUCUAACAGUACGGUACCGCGGCUAACCUCCUCAAGUCAGGCUCAGACCUUUAACAAUUGCGCCCGGGGUUGGGUCACGGAACCAGAAAAUCAAUGUACUUAUCCAGGACAAAACGUUUUACCAGCACAAGGAAAUAUGCCGUAUUCGGAUUUUUAGACGUGUAUAACCAACUGUAUGCUUCUCGACCAACACCACGAUUUACGACAUAUGUACAUACAUAGAUACGAUUUAUUCAGUACUAUGCAUAUAUACAUAGAUAUUUACAUAUAUUCUCUAUUUAAUAUAUAAAUUGC